CACACUACUACAUACCAGCACAGAAGUACUACAGACCAGCACAUUACUACCACAGACCAGUUUGGUGACAGUGGAACCAGCAGGAUCAUUUUGAUGGGAAUCCCAGACCAGAGGGCUGUGACUGGACAGUGAGUGACCCCAUGCCUCUGAGUCCGGCUGCCAACGCUAAGCAUGACCCCCCUGAUCAUCCCCGGCAACCAGCCACUACCAAUGGCAACCAGCCAGGUUCCGCCCUUGCCAGGGACGACGGGAGGACUUCCUCCCCAGAUCCUCCUGACGACGGCUCUGGAAACAGCAUCGUCAUCCGUAUUGGCAUCCCUGACCUGCAGCAGACGAAGUGUCUGCGGUUGGAUCCCGAGGCAGCAGUGUGGAGCAGUAAGCAGCGUGUGUUAGUGACUCUAACACAGAGUCUGACUGAUGUUCUGAACUACGGUCUGUUUCAACCGGCCUUCAACGGACGAGCUGGGAAGUUCCUAGACGAGGAACGACUGCUGAAAGACUACCCUCUACCCCCCAUCACCCCUAUUCCCUACCUAGAGUUUCGCUAUAAGAGGCGUGUUUACACUCAGAGCUAUGUGGACGACAAGCAGCUAGCAAAGCUCCAUACCAAGGCCAACCUUAAGAAGUUCAUGGAGUAUGUUUAUCAGCUCAGCGUUGACAAAGUCUCCAGGUUCUUGGAGAAAGGCCUUGAUCCUAAUUUUCAUGAUGCAGACACAGGAGAAUGCCCCCUGACCCUGGCGGUUCAGCUAGAGGGCAGUUCAGAGCUGAUUAAAGUUCUGAGGAGUGGAGGAGCUCACCUGGACUUCAGGACUAGAGACGGAAUCACAGCGCUGCACAGAGCUGUUCUCUCUAGGAACCACACAGCACUCACAACUGUGUUGGACCUGGGUGCGUCUCCAGACUAUAGGGACAGUCGUGGGUUAACUCCGUUGUACCACUGUGCCAUGGUGGGGGGAGACCCGUACUGCUGUGAACUGCUGCUGCAUGAACAUGCUGUCAUAGGCAGCACCGACGAGAAUGGCUGGCAGGAGAUCCACCAGGCAUGUCGUCAUGGGAACGUGCAGCACCUGGAACAUCUGCUGUUUUACGGAGCCGAUAUGAGCUCUCAGAAUGCCUCAGGGAACACUGCCCUGCACCUGUGUGGUCUAUACAACCAGGACGGCUGUGCCAGAGUUCUGCUGUUCAGAGGAACAAAUAAAGACAUUAAGAACUACAACAACCAAACAGCUUUUCAGGUGGCCAUCAUUGCUGGGAAUUUUGACCUGGCAGAGAUCAUUAAGAUCCAUAAGGCCUCAGACGUAGUGCCUUUCAGAGAGAGCCCUUCCUAUUCCUCAAAGCGCCGACGUCUGGGUGGGGCCAAUAAUGUUGGUGUGUGUGGCUCAUCAUCUCCCCGUUCUCUGAUUCGCUCAGCCAGCGACAACGCUCUGGAAAGCCCCGCCUCUUCUUCCCCCGGCCCCUCCCUCCACAGCCUGGAGAACACAAACACUUCCAACCGGCAGGCAGACACACACAGCCUUCGCAGACAGACACGGCGCCUCAGCCCGAGUGGCAGGCUACAGAGGGACCCCAGCCCGCCCCCAUCUCCCCCCAGCCCAGUGCAGCAUGGGAAACGUAGGCUGUACAGCGCCGUGCCGGGGAGGACGUUCAUCGCUACCCGCUCUCACACACCGCAGGGCCCCGGAGAGAUCAGCCUGCAUCGUGGGGAGAGGGUCAAAGUGCUGAGUAUAGGAGAAGGAGGGUUCUGGGAGGGUUCAGUUAAAGGACGGACCGGAUGGUUUCCUGCUGACUGUGUUGAAGAGGUCCAGAUGAGACAGUACGACCCACGCCUAGAAACACGAGAGGAUCGCACCAAGAGGCUUUUCAGACAUUACACCGUGGGUUCCUAUGACAACUACACUUCCUACAGUGAUUAUGUCAUCGAGGAGAAGAGUUCUGUGCUACAGAAGAGAGACAGUGAAGGAUUUGGCUUCGUCCUCCGUGGAGCUAAAGCGGAGACCCCAAUAGAGGAGUUUGCUCCUACGCCAGCGUUCCCGGCGCUGCAGUACCUGGAGUCUGUGGACUUGGAGGGCGUGGCCUGGAGGGCAGGGCUUCGCACUGGGGACUUCCUCAUUGAGGUAAAUGGUAGUGAUGUGGUGAAGGUGGGUCAUAGACAGGUGGUGUCGCUGAUCCGUCAGGGAGGAAGUCAGCUGCUGAUGAAGGUUGUUUCAGUCACACGCAAACCUGAGUCCGACUUAGUCCGUAAGAAAGCACCUCCUCCGCCUAAGAGAGCGCCCAGCACGUCGCUCACACUGCGCUCCAAAUCUAUGACUGCUGAACUGGAAGAGAUAGCCUCUGCCAGGAGGAGACGAGGGGAAAAGCUGGACGAGAUGUUGACUGGGUCCCAGGAGGCUAUGAUGAGAAAAUGCCCCUUGGAGGCGGACUACAGAGCGGCCACCGUGAAGCAGCGGCCAACCAGCAGACGAAUUACUCAACAAGAGAUCAACUCUUUGUUUGAGCGGCAGGGCCUGCCUGUUCCUCCAGGGGUUUCCUUGGGUCUGGAGAAAGCCACCAUGCAGCUGCCUCGUGGAAUGUCUCGGACCAAGUCCUUCGGUGCACCAGAGGAUGACAGGAUCUCUGCACUGAUUGGAGAGCAUCGGUUUCCAAGGAGCUCUUCGAUGACUGAUGGCUUCAUACCUCCUCCUCCCCAGACUGCCCCCCCUCCUCCCCCCUCUCACUACUUCCUGGACUCUGGCCCGCCACCGGCCUUCUGCCCUCCACCUCCCCCGCAGCGAGCAGCCGAUCAAUCACACUCCAGCUUCAAGCCGGGGGCGGAACCUAGGCUGCACGAGGUCUGUGAUUCGCCAACGUCUCGGAGCCAUGCAGAGCGGCAGAGGAAAGCUCGCUCCAUGAUCAUCCUGCAGGACUCACCUGUACCAGGCUAUCUACCUGCAGAGUUUGCCCCCCUAGGCCGACCUUCUGGGGCUACAGUAGGGCUGGGCCUGUCCCGACCCAGCCCUGCUGCUUCUCCCAGCCCCCUCUCCAGAACCAGCCCUGCUGCCUCCCCCAGCCCCCUCUCCAGAACCAGCCCUGCCCCCAGCCCCCUCUCCAGAACCAGCCCUGUCCCCAGUCCCAGCAUCCUCUCCAGAACCAGCCCUGCCCCCAGCCCUAACCCUCCAGGGGAGCGCAGCAGCAACAGGAGGCGUGGCCGACCAGUAGAGAACCCGUAUGCCAACGUGGGUCAGCUGCCUGCCCCCCCCAGCAAGCCUCAGCGCCGCAAGUCUCCGCUCCUCAAACAGCUGCAGGUGGAGGAGGGGCCCAGCAGGGCAGAGCUAUACCAGCAGCAGGUGCUCACUGAGCGUGCUCAGAUACGGGUCACGCCCCCUCAGGGCCGUAGGUCCUCCUUCUUCCUGUCUGUGGAGGGAGGGGGUUCAGAGCCCCCUCCCAUCCUACUGACCCAGUCCCACUCUGUAGAUGACCUGGGGGAGCUGCCCCCCCCCAUCCCCGUCCUCUCCCCCUCCUCCUCCCCCCACUCCACCUUUCUCCACCCACUGACAGGCAAGCCUCUGGACCCCUCCUCCCCCCUCGCCCUGGCCCUCGCUGCCCGCGAACGAGCUCUCACUGCACGCACACCCAGCCCUGAACCCAGAACCAAACACGCACACUCACCUAGCCCCGAGCCCAGGCCGAAACACGCACACUCACCCAGCCCCGAGCCCAGGCCCAAACGAACCCCUCCUCCCCUGACCAGCCCUGAGCUCCAUCAUAAACGUAUCAACCCACCCAUUUUCCUUGAAGGACAGCUGGAGCGGCCAGUCGUAGAGCGGCCAGAGACAGAGGGCGGAGUCACAUCUCCUGCUGUGCCCUCCCCCGAGCGUUGGCAGGCUAUGCCCCUCCCUCCCAUCAGUCAGGUGACCAUCAAUAUAACCAAUGAAAGCCAGCCGGCAGGACGGGGUCUGGGGGAAGAGCUGAUUGAGGCGCUGCAUGGACAAUUACAGAGGAGGAGAAGUCUGACCGUUGGCAGCUCAGAGGAGGAGGGCGGGCCUUAUACGGUAACCCAGGGCCAAUCAGAGAGGAGGAAGAGUCUGGAGGGCGGGCCUUACACGGUGACCCUGCCCCCUGCACUGCUGUCAUCCAGUGAUGAGGAGACGAGGGAGGAGCUUCGUAAGAUUGGUCUGGUGUCUCCUCCCCUGGUGUUUGCCACGCCCCCCUCCCCCACCCAGCCCCCCUCCUCCCUCAGCCUGUCACCACGGAGACCCCAGGCAGGUGAGGGAAGGGGAGGAGGGGAGUCAGCUCCAGACUCAGGGGUGGAGGAGGGAGACCCUCACAUAGAGAACAUCUUAUCCCCCAGCAGCACCCCGGCCCCCAGCCUGCCCCCCACCCUGCCCUCCCCAGAACCCCCACAGCCUUUCACUGCCACCCCGAAAACCCUGCCCUCCACCACCUCAGACUCCCAGAGCCUGAAGCCCAGGCUGCGUUCUCCCCUGGGCCGUGGUCGCUCUGCUCUCAGGGAUCCUCUACUGAAACAGUCUUCAGACAGCGAUCUGCUUCCAUCUGGCUGUGGACCUGGACGCCCACCACCCUACCUCUUCCAGAGGAGAUCUAAACUUUGGGGGGAGGUGUCCGAGUCUCGACCCAGGCAGAGUAGCCCUGAGGAGGGCAGGCCAACUGCCGUGGGGGGUGGUGGGCUGGAGCUGGCCUCACGUCUCCAGUUACUCAGUAAAGACUCCCACUCACUCGGAGAGGAGCCUGCAGGACUGCUGGACCCUGGACACAGGUCCCCUGUGGGCGGAGCAAGGUUGUUUAGUAGUCUUGGGGAUGUCCACACCAUCUCCCAGAGAGGUUUUGGUGGCACCACCUACACAGUCCGCCCGGGGAGCCGCUACCCAAUCACACCUCGCCGCAGUCCCAGCCCCUCCCCCUCACCUGCCCCUGUCCCCUCACCAGACAGGUCAGAGGUCAGUCCUGGGCGGGGCUUUGGCCUUAGCUCCUCCCAUCACCACCACACCAUCCUCAAGUCGUCUAGCCUCAGCUUGCCUUCGGAGCCCAAAGAGGUCCGCUUCGUAAUGCGGAGUGCCAGCGCUCGAACCCGUUCCCGCUCGCCCUCCCCCUCCCCCCACGCCUCCCCCUGCCCCUCCCCCGUACUGGGCUCCCCCUUGCUCGCCCUGCGGCCGUGGCGCCAACGCCCUCUAGCUCUGUGGAGUAAGUAUGAUGUGGGAGACUGGCUGGAGAGUGUUGGUUUGGCAGAGCAUCGUGCCCGCUUCCAGGAGCAUGAGAUUGAGGGUUCCCACCUCCCUGCCCUCACCAAGGAUGACUUCGCUGAACUAGGUGUGACACGAGUCGGGCACCGCAUGAACAUUGAGAGAGCACUCCGACAACUGCUGGACAACUGAACCUCUAACCCCUGAUAUCACUGAAGGGCUGUCACACCUGAACCCUAACCCUCUGGAGGUAUUCUGGCAGCACCAGUGGCUGUAACCUGGCAACACCAGUGGCUGUAACCUGGCAACACCAGUGGCUGUAACCUGGCAACACCAGUGGCAGUAUGCUUUCAGACAUCUAUUUUCCAAAGACAGCAUCACAUGGAGUUGAGCAUUUAGUAUGAACUUUUUAUGAAUAUACAAGAAAAUACCUCCUCCAUCGAAAUAUCUACAAUGUCGACAUAUUUUCCAAUAAUGAAAUUGAUGAUAAAUGUUUAUUAGGAAUAGAUAUAUUUAAAUACAAUUUUGUGUUUCAUAACAACUUUAUUCUGUUUAGGGAAGGAUGAGAAGUGGUGGAUGAGACUUCAUCGUUAACCUGUUAGUCUACUACAUUACCAUGUUAGUCUACUACAUUACCCUGUUAGACUACUACAUUACCCUGUUAGUCUACUACAUGACCAUGUUAGUCUACUACAUUACCGUGUCGGUCUACUACAUUACCAUGUCAGUCUACUACAUUACCCUGUUAGUCUACUACAUUACACUGUUAGUCUACUACAUUACACUGUUAGUCUACUACAUUACCGUGUUAGUCUACUACAUUACACUGUUAGUCUACUACACUACCCUGUUAGUCUACUACAUUACCGUGUCAGUGUACUACAUUACACUGUUAGUCUACUACAUUACCCUGUUAGUCUACUACAUUACACUGUUAGUCUACUACAUUGCCUUGUUAGUCUACUACAUUACCUUGUUAGUCUACCACAUUACUGUGUUAGUCUACUACAUUACCGUGUCAGUCUACUACAUUACCGUGUUAGUCUACUACAUUACCAUGCUCGUCUAUUACAUUACCCUGUUAGUCUACCUUGUCAGUAUAAUACAUUACCCUGUUAGUCUACUACAUUUCCAUGUUAGUCUACCCUGUCAGUCUAUUACAUUACCCUGUUAGUCUACUACGUUACUAUGUUAAUCUACCUAUCUUCCCUGUUAUUCUACUACCUUACUAUGUUAGUCUACCCUGUUAUUCUACUAUAUUACCAUGUUAGUCCACUACACUACUCUGCUCGUCCGCUACAUUACCAUGCUGUCUACCCUGUUAGUGUACUACAUUGCCAUGUAAGUCUAACAUGUUAGUCUACAACGUUAGUCUCCUGCCUUACCCUGUUUGUCUACUACAUUGCUAUGUUAGUCUCCUACAUUACCCUGUUAGUAUCCUACCCUACCCUGUUAGUCUUCUACAUUACCCUAUUGUCUGUUAGUCUACUACAUUACCAUGUUAUCUACCCUGUUGGUCUUCUACAUUAUCCUGUUAGUCUACUACAUUACCCUGUUAGUCUACCCUAUUUGUCUACUACACUACCCUGUUAUUCUACCCUGUUAGUUUAAUACAUUAUCCUGCUAGUCUACUACAUUGCCAUGUUAUCUGCCCUGUUAGUCUCCUACAUUAUCCUGUUAGUCUACUACAUUACCCUGUUAGUCUACUACACUACCCUGUUAGUAUACCAUGUUAGUCUAUUACAUUACCCUGUUAGUCUACUACAUUACCCUGUUAGUCUACUACAUUGCCAUGGUAUAUGCCCUGUUAGUCUUCUACAUUAUCAUGUUAGUCUUCUACAUUACCCUAUUGUCUGUUAGUCUACUACAUUACCGUGUUAUCUAUCCUGUUGGUCUUCUACAUUACCCUGUUAGUCUACUACAUUACCAUGUUAGUCUACUACAUUACCCCGUUAGUCUACUACACUACCCUGUUAGUCUACCCUGUUAGUCUACUACAUUACCCUGUUAGUCUACCCUGUUAGUCUACUACACUACCCUGUUAGUCUACCCUGUUAGUUUAAUACAUUAUCCUGUUAGUCUACUACAUUGCCAUGUUAUCUGCCCUGUUAGUCUUCUACAUUAUCCUGUUAGUCUACUACAUUACCCUGUUGUCUAACCUGUUAGUCUACUACAUUGCCAUGUUGUCUAACCUGUUAGUCUACUACAUUGCCAUGUUGUCUAACCUGUUAGUCUACUACAUUGCCAUGUUAUCUAUCAUGUUAGUCUUCUACAUUACCCUGUUAGUCUACUACAUUACCCUGUUAUCUAACCUGUUAGUCUACUACAUUACCCUGUUGUCUAACCUGUUAGUCUACUACAUUACCAUGGUUGUCUAACCUGUUAGGCUACUACAUUACCAUGUUAGUCUACCCUGUUAGUCUUCUACAUUACCCUGUUAGGCUACUACAUUACCCCAUUAGUCUACUACACUACCCUGUUAGUCUGCUACAUUACUAUGUGUGUAAAUCUUUGGCCUAAAUUAGUUUAUUCUGUCAGGAAGACCUCGAAUGAACCUCACUAGUAUACAUGUUUUAUAUGAAUUUUAAGCAAUGUUGACAGGAAAGUUUCCAGUAUAUGUUUUCUAAUAUCCCUAGCUACUAGUUUGUAUGGAUUUUAUACCUAUCUGUGAUGCUCUAAGGCAGAGUAAAAGGUUCAGAACAGUAUUUUUACACAGAAGACGGUGCUAUUUCACUAAAGCCAUCUGUACAGAGCAACCCUACGCCUAAACCUAACCCUAAAACCUAGCACUUAACCUAAGCUUAAACCUAGCACUAAAACUAAACCUACAUGUAAACCUAGCUAACACUAAUGCCUUGGGAUAUUACCAUGGUCCAAUAGCGCACGCAGGCACGCGCACACACACACACGUGUACCACAGAUACAGGAAAUUCCAUAGUCACAUGACAGGGUACAGGAAGUUCCAGUUAGUCCAGUAGGGAAAGGCACCAGCAUGGUUCAUCUGCAGUGUUUGAACAUGCAUUGUCAUAUAAAACAUUCAACCUCAUAAUCAAAUUUGUUUAGUCUUAUUUUUAUCUUCCUUCCAAAAUGUUUUUUAUUGUGCAGGAUUGCGCCCUCCCCUGUACUGGGUUAGGAUAGUACCCUCCCCCCUGUACUGGGUUAGGAUAGUACCCUCCCCCCUGUACUGGGUUAGGAUAGUACCCUCCCCCCUGUACUGGGUUAGGAUGGUACCCUCCCCCCUGUACUGGGUUAGGAUAGUACCCUCCCCCCUGUACUGGGUUAGGAUGGUACCUCCCCUGUACUGGGUUAGGAUAGUACCCUCCCCCCUGUACUGGGUUAGGAUAGUACCCUCUCCCCUGUACUGGGUUAGGAUGGUACCUCCCCCUGUACUGGGUUAGGAUAGUACCCUCUCCCCUGUACUGGGUUAGGAUGGUACCUCCCCCUGUACUGGGUUAGGAUAGUACCCUCCCCCCUGUACUGGGUUAGGAUAGUACCCUCCCCCCUGUACUGGGUUAGGAUGGUGCCUCCCCUGUACUGGGUUAGGAUAGUACCCUCCCCCCUGUACUGGGUUAGGAUAGUACCCUCCCCCCUGUACUGGGUUAGGAUAGUACCCUCCCCCCUGUACUGGGUUAGGAUAGUACCUCCCCCCUGUACUGGGUUAGGAUAGUACCCUCCCCCCUGUACUGGGUUAGGAUAGUACCUCCCCCUGUACUGGGUUAGGAUAGUACCCUCCCCCCUGUACUGGGUUAGGAUGGUACCUCCCCUGUACUGGGUUAGGAUGGUACCUCCCCCCUGUACUGGGUUAGGAUGGUAGCUCCCCCCUGUACUGGGUUAGGAUAGUACCCUCCCCCUGUACUGGGUUAGGAUGGUACCUCCCCCCUGUACUGGGUUAGGAUGGUACCUCCCCCCUGUACUGGGUUAGGAUGGUACCUCCCCCCUGUACUGGAUUAGGAUGGUAGCUCCCCCCUGUACUGGGUUAGGAUGGUGCCCGCCCUGUACUGGGUUAGGAUGGUGCCCGCCCUGUACUGGGUUAGGAUGGUGCCUCCCCUGUACUGGGUUAGGAUAGUACCCUCCCCCCUGUACUGGGUUAGGAUAGUACCCUCCCCCCUGUACUGCGUUAGGAUAGUACCCUCCCCCCUGUACUGGGUUAGGAUAGUACCCUCCCCCCUGUACUGCGUUAGGAUAGUACCCUCCCCCCUGUACUGGGUUAGGAUAGUACCCUCCCCCCUGUACUGCGUUAGGAUAGUACCCUCCCCCCUGUACUGGGUUAGGAUAGUACCCUCCCCCCUGUACUGCGUUAGGAUAGUACCCUCCCCCCUGUACUGGGUUAGGAUAGUACCCUCCCCCUGUACUGCGUUAGGAUAGUACCCUCCCCCCUGUACUGCGUUAGGAUAGUACCCUCCCCCCUGUACUGCGUUAGGAUAGUACCCUCCCCCCUGUACUGCGUUAGGAUAGUACCCUCCCCCCUGUACUGCGUUAGGAUAGUACCCUCCCCCCUGUACUGCGUUAGGAUAGUACCCUUCCCCCUGUACUGCGUUAGGAUAGUACCCUCCCCCCUGUACUGCGUUAGGAUAGUACCCUCCCCCUGUACUGCGUUAGGAUAGUACCCUCCCCCCUGUACUGGGUUAAGGUUAGGUUACUGUAUGUGUUAAGUGGCAGUUUUGUUUGACAGAUUGUCAAGACUAUACGUUUUAUUCUGGUUGUGAUUUAAGACUGUACAUUUUAUUCUGGUUGUGAAGGAGGAACUCCCAUUUCUAUUUGAUGAUUAAUUAAGGUUAGAUUAUUAUUUGUCUAUUACAAUAAGGCUUGUUGAGUAUUUAGGUGUAUUACAUCGUGUUUUCUCUUUUAAGGGCCAUAUUCUCCUCCCUCAUGACACUAUCUAACCCCUAACCCAAUAAGGGCUUGGUGAGGGUAUCCACAUGUAUUAUUUCCAGGUGUAUGUACAGUUUAUUAGGUACACCCAUCUAGUACCGGGUCGGACACCCAUUUGUCUCCAGAACAGCCUGAAUUCUUCGGGCAUGGAUUCUACAAGUCAGAAACGUUCCACAGGGAUGUUGGUCCAUGCUGACGCAAUGGCAUCACGCAGUUGCUGCAGAUUGGAUGUCGGUCCACCACCACCAGCCUGUACCGUUGACACCAGGCAGGAUGGGUCCAUGGACUCAUGGUGUUUAUGCCAAAUCCUGACUCUGCCAUCAGCAUGGCGCAACAGGAACUGGGAUUCUUCGGACCAGGCAAUAUUUUUUACACUUCUCAAUUGUUCAGUGUUGGUGAUCGCGUGCCCACUGGAGCCCUGUGUGGUCAUCUGUUGCAAUAGCCUAUCCGUGAAGGAUCAACGAGUUGUGUGUUCCGAGAUGCCGUUCUGCACACCGCUGUUAUUUGUCUGUUUGUGGUCCGCUUGCGUGUUUCUUGCCAUUCUACUUCAACCUCUCUCAUCAAUGAGCUGUUUGUUUCCCACAGGACUGCCGCUGACUGAAUGUUUUGUGUUUGUCAAACCAUUCUCGGUAAACCCCUAGACACUGUCGCAAGUGAAAAGCCUAGGAGGUCUGCUGUUUCUGAGAUACUGUAUCCGGCGUGCCUGGCACUGACGAUCAUUGCUUAGGUCUCUCGUUUUGCCUAUUCUAACGUUCAAUCAAACAGUGACUAAAUGCCUAUCUGCAUGCUUUAUAUAGCAAGCAACGGCCACGUUGUUCACUGUCUGGAGCGAUCCGUUUUGGAGAACUAGGUGCUGUACCUAAUAAACUGGCUGAUGUAUAUCAAGGUGUAUCAUACCAUUGUUUUCCUCUGUAAGUGUUCUGUUCCUCUGGGGCCUGAUGACAUUCUUACAGGAACACCUGAGAUCUGACUAAUCUUUACAGUUUAUAAUACAAUUUACUACUGAAAAUGCCCAUGGUGUCUGUGUCAUUGAAUCGAUUAAUAAAAAAUGUCUGUAUGUACAGUCGCUAAUGAAAGAAUACACACCCUUUCAUAUUUUGCUGCCUUAAAAUGUGAUCUAAAAAGGGAUUACAUUAGAUUUUUUCCCCACCAAUCUACACUACCUACUCCACAUGUUUUAAGUGAAAGAAAAAUUAUAGAAAAUGUUCCGAAUGUUCCAAAUGAAUAAAAACAUUAAAAUGAAUAUGUAA